AUGUCUUCCGAAGCCACCGCAACGCUGUACAAGGACGUCCCCAAGGCGGACCUGCUGACGAUAGACUUUGCCCGCCUCUUCGACAAGGACCUCGAGGAGGUAGCUAAGCUCGUGCACGCCUGCGAGCGGGACGGCUUCUUCUACAUCGACCUGCAGAACCCGAGCGCCGCCAACUUCUGGGCCGACCUCUUCCGCGUCGACGAGAUCACCCGGGAGUGGUUCGCCCUGCCCCAGGAAGUCAAGCUGCGGACUCCUACGGUCUCUCUUGCACACGGGUUCAAGGCAGUCGGCAACCAAUCUGGUGCCAUCGAGUCCCGCAGGGACGGCUUCGAAGCUCUCAAGAUCGGCAAGCACGAGCUGGCCGGCCGCUGGGCGCUCGCGCCCGUCGUCCGCGAACAUCUCGCGCUGUUCGACCAUGUGACGGCAUCGUGCCACUUCAUCUCCAAGCUUCUCCUAGACUGCCUGUCCGACGGGCUGGGCCUGCGAGGCGAGGCGCGCCUCGAGAUGCACCACCGCGACGACUGCCGCUCCAAGUCGACGCUCUACAUGCUGCACUACCCGCAGCAACAACAAGACCGAGGCGCCACCAGCGACCCGCAGCAGGUCGGGCAGAACAUGCACACGGACAUCGGGACGCUGACGAUCCUGUGGGCGCCGCAGUGGGGGCUGCAGGCCUUCGCGCCGAGCCGGGGCGCGUGGGAGUACGUGGAGCCGCGCGCGGGCCGGAUCGUCGUCAACGUCGGCGACACACUGCGCUUCCUGUCGGGCCGGCGGUUCAAGUCGGCGCUGCACCGCGUGCUGCCCGUGGGAGAGGGCGGCGUGCAGCGCGAGGACCGCUACUCGAUAUCGUACUUCCUGCGCGCCAACGACUCGGCCGAGUUCGAGGAUAGCAACGGCGAAGGCUCCGACGCCAAGUCCUGGUACCUCCAGAAGUACCAGAUGUACGAGAUGCCGCACGAGAUCCAGAAGCAGCGCACCGUCCUGUCGGGCGGCAUGGCGCAGGAGCUCAAGGCGACUUUUUGA